GGACCCCCGGGACAGCGGGGACAGAGGGGAUACAGGGGGUACAGAGGACCCCCGGGACAGCGGGGACACGGGAACAGAGGGGACAGAGAGGACAGGGGGGACCUCCGGGACAGCGGGGACAGAGGAGACAGAGGGGAUAGAGGGGAUGGAGGGGACAGCGGGGACAGAGGGGACCUUAGAGAGAGAGGGGACCCCAGGGACCCCCAGGACAACAGAGACCCCCAGGACAGAGGGGACCCGGGGACAGAGGGGACCCCAGGGACCCCCAAGAUAACGGGGAGAGAGGGAAUGUCGGGAACAGAUUGGAUCCCCGGAACAGAGGCGACAGCGGGAAUGGCAGAGACCCCCAAGGACCAAGGGACAGCAGAGACCCCCGGGACAGCAGAGAGAGAGGGGACCCCCGGGACAGAGGGGACCCCCGGGACAGAGGGGACAACGGGGACAGAGGGGACCCCCGGGACAGAGGGGACAGCAGCGACCCCAGGGCUGGGGGUGCCGGGGGGGCGGGGAAGGGACCGAGAGCACUGUGGGGUUUUGGGGGGAUCGGGGGUCCCCAGGAAGGGGCUGGGGGAGCCCGGGGGACACUGGGAGUACUGGGGGGUGUUUGGGGGUCCCCAGGAAGGGGCUGGGGGGCCCGGGGGACACCGGGAGCACUGGGGGGUGUUUGGGGGUCCCCAGGAAGGGGCUGGGGGGCCCGGGGGACACUGGGAGCACUGGGGGGUGUUUGGGGGUCCCCGGGAAGGGGCUGGGGGGCCCGGGGACACUGGGAGCACUGGGGGGUGUUUGGGGGUCCCCAGGAAGGGGCUGGGGGGCCCGGGGGACACUGGGAGCACUGGGGGGUGUUUGGGGGUCCCCGGGAAG